UCCGCCCUUUCGAACCGGCCAAUCGCGGGGCGGCGUGGCUGGGUGGGGCGAGCGGGACUGUACGUACGUGCGUGUGACGGUUGCUGGAAGGCCCGAGGUCGCGGUCGGAGCGCUGAGCAUCUCCCGCAUCUCGACGUGCAUCUCCGGUGCCUCAGCCGCCUCAGCGCUUCCUGACCCGCUGCUGCUGCUGCACCGAGAAGGGUUUUCCUUGGCGCUGCGUGAAGCAGGGAGAGGAAAUCGUGUAAUAUGAAAACGAUGACGGGAUCAAACGAAUUCAAACUAAAUCAAACUCCAGAUGAUGGUAUUUCAUCAGUGAAGUUUAGUCCAAAUACGUCUCAGUUCCUGCUUGUUUCAUCCUGGGACACAACUGUCCGACUCUAUGAUGUUCCUGCCAACACCAUGAGACUCAAAUAUCAACAUUCAGGAGCUGUCCUUGACUGUGCUUUUUAUGAUCCUACCCAUGCCUGGAGUGGAGGAUUAGAUCAGCAAUUGAAAAUGCACGAUCUGAACACGGACCAAGAAAGCCUUGUUGGUGCCCACGAUGCUCCUAUCAGGUGUGUUGAGUAUUGCCCGGAAGUGAACGUCAUGGUCACUGGAAGCUGGGAUCAAACAGUCAAGCUGUGGGAUCCCAGAACUCCUUGUAAUGCAGGCACCUUCUCUCAACCCGAAAAGGUCUACACGCUUUCUGUGUCUGGAGACAGACUAAUUGUGGGGACGGCGGGUCGGAGAGUGCUGGUGUGGGAUUUGCGGAACAUGGGUUAUGUUCAGCAGCGAAGAGAAUCAAGUCUGAAAUACCAGACCCGCUGUAUCAGAGCGUUUCCAAAUAAACAGGGUUAUGUUUUAAGUUCCAUUGAAGGUCGUGUUGCGGUGGAAUAUUUGGAUCCAAGUCCAGAAAUCCAGAAGAAGAAAUAUGCAUUCAAAUGUCACCGUUUGAAGGAAAAUAACAUCGAGCAGAUUUAUCCAGUUAAUGCCAUUUCUUUCCAUAAUGUCCACAACACAUUUGCUACAGGAGGUUCCGAUGGAUUUGUAAAUAUUUGGGAUCCAUUUAACAAAAAGCGGCUGUGCCAGUUCCAUCGGUAUCCCACCAGCAUAGCGUCACUUGCCUUCAGCAACGAUGGAACUACCCUUGCAAUAGCUUCUUCAUAUAUGUAUGAAAUGGAUGACAUUGAACAUCCCGAAGAUGGUAUCUAUAUUCGCCAAGUGACAGAUGCAGAAACAAAACCAAAGUCUACUUAGACUUCUGGUGAUACUUCUCUGCAAGAGUUGCUCACCUGCUCCUAGCAAGACUAAAUGAAACUGUAGAAGUGAGAAGAACAGUCCUUGUCCUGAUGUUGUCUUUGACUACGAAAUAUUUGUUUGUAUAUUGCAGUAUGUCUUAAUCUGUCAUUACUUGCCUGCUUAUAAUCUUAAUGAAACUGUUUUCUUUAUCUGCUGUCUGUAGCUAAAUUAGUUCCAUCCUGUAGGCAACUUUGCUUAUACUUUUGUAAAAACUCACCAUGUUUUGUAGUAUCUAAUUAUGAAAACUUUCAAUGGUCUCAUAAUUGUUCAAUAAAUAUCCAUAGUUUUUUUAAAACAAA